CAAGUCAAUAUGGAACUGAUAUAGAUUUAAGUUUGAUGUUAUGGUGUUUACUUGCUUUGGCUUUUCUUCUACCCGAUGAAAUUCUUGAUGCAUUUAAGAUUCUAAAAGUGGAAAUGCUACCAGCUGCAGCUGAUAUUACACAAUGGUUUG